AUGGAGUGGCUGGGGGCCCUGCUGCUCCUCUUGCUCUCUCUUUGCCUCCUGACCUUCGGCCUUUACUGCGGCUACGUGAGAGCCGUCCACGCGAAGUACGAUCACAUCCCCGGCCCCCCGAGAGCGAGCUUUUUACUGGGACACCUGCCAACCAUCUGGAGGAUGCUAAAGAAAAAUGAACUGGUGCUUAAUCUCUUCAUACCAUGGGCAGAGGAGUAUGGCCCCAUUAUACGUUUUAAUGCUUUUCACAGAGUCUCGCUAAUGGUUCUAAGUCCAGAAGGAGUAAAGGAGUUCCUGAUGAUACCACAGUACCCGAAGGAUCGAAUAACAUAUAGCAAAUUCUAUGCUAUAUUUGGCAUGAGAUUUUUAGGGAAUGGCUUAGUGACUGAUCUUAACCAUGAUCAUUGGUACAAGCAACGGAGAAUUAUGGAUCCAGCUUUCAGCCGAACCUACCUGAUUGGUUUGAUGGAAACCUUUAAUGAAAAAGCAGAGGAGCUGAUGAAGAAGCUAGAGGAAAAAGCAGAUGGAAAAACUGAACUGGACAUCAUGAGCAUGAUGAGCCGAGUGACUCUGGAUGUUAUUGCAAAGGUGGGCUUUGGCCUAGAAUUAAACACGCUGCAUGAUCACCAGACGCCUUUCCCACAUGCCGUGUCCAUGGUCAUGAGAGGAAUGAAUGAGAUACGUAUCCCUCUUGUGCAGUACAUGCCAGGAAAACAAAAAUUGAUAAAGGAGAUCCGGGAAAGUGUGAGACUGCUGCACCGUGUAGGAAAGGAAUGCAUUGAGCAGAGGCGAGAGGCCAUCCAGAAUGGGGAGGAAGUCCCACGAGAUAUUCUUACUCAGAUCCUGAAAGGCGAUGCAGCUCAGGAGGAGACUGGAGAUGAUGAAAAUAUUCUGGAUAACUUUGUCACUUUCUUCGUUGCUGGUCAUGAGACCACUUCGAAUCAGUUAUCAUUUACAAUAAUGGAACUGGGGCGGCAACCUGAAAUACUAGAAAGACUUCAUGCUGAAGUAGAUGAGGUUAUUGGAGCCAAGAGGGACAUUGACUAUGAAGAUCUUGGGAAGCUUGAGUACUUGUCACAGGUUCUCAAAGAAUCCCUCCGAUUAUACCCUCCCGUUCCAGGGACCAUACGUUGGACAGGAAAGGAAAAUGUCAUUGAAGGUGUCAGAAUUCCAGGAAACACUUCUCUCUUUUUCAGCACAUAUGUCAUGGGGAGGCUGGAAAAGUUUUUCAAGGACCCACUGACCUUUAAUCCUGACCGAUUUAACAAAGAUGCACCAAAGCCAUAUUUUACCUAUUUUCCAUUUUCUUUGGGACCCCGUUCCUGUAUUGGACAGAUAUUUUCACAGAUGGAGGCUAAAGUGGUGAUGGCAAAACUGCUUCAGAGGUUUGAAUUUCAGCUGGUGCCAGGGCAGAGCUUUAAAAUUUUGGAUACAGGAACCUUUAGACCAAAAGAUGGUGUAGUGUGCAUAUUGAAACCACGGAUCAUUACAAAAGGGUUCCAAAAAUAAUGGGAGUAGGGAGCAAAGGAGUCAAAUGGUGGUGGAGUUUCUCCCCAGAUUUUAGAGAUUUUGUAGUCACUUUUGAGGGGUGCUAUAUAGAAAAUGUUGUUAGCUCACCCCGUAAUUACUGUGGAGAAGUUCAGGAGUUUCAUUUGAAUCUUGUUGAUCUGGAAGCUUUGCAAAAAGCGGACUUUUCAUUAGGUACUGCCUGGUUCUCAUCAGACUUGGAAAAAUCACAAGAAUAUCAUAUCUCACUCUGCUGCGUGUGAUGACAGACAAACCUAAACCUGGUCCAGGUUUUUCACUGAUUUCAAUGGGACCAUUGGGCAUAAGUUCAGAAGCACCUGAGCAUUUAAACAAUGAAUCAAACACUUGGUUGAAUUGUACAUUAGUUUUGGCUUGAGUUUGGGGGUGAAAGUUUGGGUUCAUUCUUAUUGCACCCAAAUCAUUUUCCCCGCCCAUGCUCUAAACUGUAAUAGUGCAUGUUACCCUUGCUCUGAAUAUGAUUCAACAUAUGAAAGCUAAUGGCAGGGGAGGGGAUCAGAGGCUGCAUCUAUUAUCUAUCCUAGAGCUGUGCAAAUACUGGAUUUUCUGAUUCAUUGACAAUUCCAAAAU